AUGGCCCCCUGGACCUUCUUAGCAUUGAUGCUCGCUGGCCGUCUUAUGCUCGACCUACACUUGCAUACCAUGUUCCACGACCGCCCUGACUUUCAUUGGGCGCGCAAAGGAGUACUUUUCAGCACUAAGAGUCUACUCGCAUUCGAUGCUUGGAUGUUGUUAAUUGAGCAGAUGGGAGUGCUAUUCGUCACAUUCAUCAAGCCGAUCACCGUCGUCAUUUUACAUGUGUUCGAUGUUCAGGUAUUCCUUCUACCGGCUUCUUAUGCCAUUGCAUUUGAUGAGAUCAAGGCCAUUAUGUUUACGCAUUGA